CCUCGACCGGCCUCUUUGUCUCCUCUUCCUCCUCCUCCUCUUCGUCCUCUCGUCUCACUCCGCGUCUCUCUCCAUCAGCAGCGGUCUGGAUGCUUGCAGGGACGGAAACAUGGCUGUGAAUCUGGGCAAGAACAGACUGGACCUGCUGACCGCCUACCAGGACGUCAUUGACGAGACCUCGGACACCGACUGGGCCUUGUACACAUAUGAGGAUGAAAGCGAUGAUUUGAAAUUGGCAUCAUCAGGAGGAGGCGGGCUGGCAGGGAUCACGCUGACCUUCGACAGCGCCCGGGUGAUGUACGGCUUCUGCAGCCUGAAGGAGCCCGCCGCCGCCUUGCCACGAUACAUCCUCAUCAACUGGGUCGGAGAUGACGUGGCGGAUGCCAGGAAGUGUGCCUGUGCCAGCCACGUGGCCACCAUCGCAAACUUCUUACAGGGGGUGGAGUUGACUGUGAACGCCAGCAGUCUGGAGGACAUCGAGCCGUCGGCCAUCGGGCAGAGGCUGACCAAUGGGACGGCGGUGGUGGCGAGUCCCGUCCUGAGCCGCCUGAAGACCCGAGAGGAGGACAACAAAGACGUGGGCACAGUGUACGAGAAGACUAAUGCAGAGGUGGAGAUGAAGAAGAUCAAUAGGGAGGAGUUCUGGGAGCAAGCCAAGCGCGAGGAGGAGGUGAGGAAGGAGGAGGAGAAGAAGAAGGUAGCAGAGGAGAGGCAGCGUUUUGACGAGGAGCGAAUGGAGCUGGAGAGGAAAGAGCAGGAGAGCCGAGAGCUGAGAUACCGUGAGAGGGAGCAGCAGAUCGAGGAGCACCGGAAGAAGCUGCUGGAGGAGGAAGAAGCCAAAGAGAGGUUGCAGAGCCAGGCAGCCAUGGCAGCAAAAGCGAGCCUCGAUGACCUCAACCUGGACAAGAAGGAGACUGAGGCGGAGGAGGCAAAGGCCAUCAUCGCUCAGCGCUCAGGAAACCCUCGGGAGUUUUUCAAGCAGAAGGAGAGAGCCAUGACCAUCAGCGUCGACACCUCACCCGUCUCCGUCCACAGGAGCGGCCGUUUGGACAGCCCCUUCUUGAGGCAGCAGCACAGUCCCAGCAGCCCCAGUCCGAGCCCCCUCCCCCGGGGCACGUCGCCCCUCCGCACCCCGCCACACUCACGGACACAGCCCACCGCCGCCGGGGAUUUUGACGAUGAAGGAAGCAGAGAUCUCAACAUGGCCGCCGUGUCACCCAUCCCUAAAAUAGUCACUACUUCCAUCAUAGAGGACUUCAGCAGGGAGGAUGAGGACGGCAGAGACGAGUGGGGUUCGGAGCCAAAGAAGGAUCAGAAAGCCCCGGCCCAGGACUCGGCCCCCACGAAGCCCGUGCAGAGCGUGGCCCCGCAGACUCGCGACUCCUCCGGCUUCUCUGCCUGGGAGUCCGGGACAGACCGCCUGGUCAACCUGUGGGACAGCAGCGCCGACGGCCCCGAGUCCCAGAACUCCCAGUCCUCUAAUCUGGUGGACCUGAUGGGCGACGCUGCUAUCCCGCCCGGCAACAGCGCCAAGCCUCAGCCCCUCCUCAGCUUCGAUGACAUGAUUGAGGGGUCUAUGUGCUCGGCCACCGGCCCCGAGGACGACCCCACCAGCCUGGUGGACGUGAUGGCCGAGGACCAGAUGACCCUGAGCUACCAGCAUGCAUUGCAGCAUGCAUCUGGGGAGAAGAAGGAGCUGCUGAUGACCAACGGGGAGACGAAGGAGGGGACUCAGGUCAGACAGGCAAGUGAGGGCUAUUUCAGCCAAUCACAGGAGGAGCAAUUUGGCCAAUCGGAGUCCUCGGCUAAACCUGCGCCUGUCUUUUAUAACAAGCCACCAGAGAUUGACAUUACGUGCUGGGACGCAGACCCAGUGGGCGAUGAAGACAGCGACUAACCGGCCAAUCAGAAGCCACCACCGGACCAAGAGGAAGUAGAAAGUGCGCUUUAAGAAGAAAAAUAGUUUUUUUCUAAAAAACAAAAUACAAACAAACAAAAAAACAAAAAUAAUAUUAAUAACAAAUCUUGCAUCAAAACUACUUCUGUAUUAUCUUUUAGAGGAAAACAAAACAGUAGCCACCGGGGGAAAAAAUACGGGGUUUGCGUUAAAUACGGUUUGAAGGCUCAGUUUUUUUUCCGGUGUUUGUUAUUUUAUUUAUUUGUUUUUUCUUUUGCAAUGCAGAUGUAAUAGCUGGGAGCGGGAGGGGGACUUUUGUUUGUGUAAAUGAUUUAUUACACAUUAACGUAGCGCACUGCUGCAUAUUAGAGACAAUGAAGGUGUUUAUUAACACCCUAUAAAACUGCUGCCAUGUAUACCUUCACUCUCUGUUUCUUUUCUUACCUCUUUUUCACCUCUCUUCUUCCUUCCUUCCUCUGUUAAUAUCCAAAAACAUUCACUUCCGCAAGUCAGUUAAUCUUGUAUUUAGCUCUCACUCUAUUGGAAAAAAGUGAAAUAUUUUAUUUAUUCUGGUCUAUCUAAACGUAAAUGAAAUUCCUGAUAAAACUCAACUGUGGCUAUGUAUUGGUCGUUCUUUCGCUCCUUUUGUAAGAUUUUAAGACUGAAUUCAAGAUUAAAUGGCUUGUAAAUCUGCUUGCUUUUUCCAGUGCACUUUUAUUUCUUCUGUGGAUGAACAGCUGCUUCUAAAUCAGCCCUCCCCUCUGGUUCCAUACAAAUCCUACUUUUUACCCCAAUUAUAUAUUAAAACAAGCAAAUGAAAUAACAUUUUUUGCAUCAAAUCUAGAUGAAUAUACUGUAGAUAUUUUUCCAAGUGUUUUGUAGGAGGCUUUAAGGUAAUGAAAACAAAGCCAUCUUCAGAUAGUGCAAAGUAGAAAAAAAUGAAGCUUUUGUAUGAAUCUUCUAACAUUUCUCCAAAGGCUAAACAUUAUAAAGUUUUCCACCAAGCCCUUCAUAAUGUGGGCAUUUCUACACAACAGUGGGCACAGUUUCCGUCUUCCGAGAUGUGGAGGUUUUAAGCAGGACGCCCUUUUAUUUUAGAGCAUUCAUUUUUAAAUAUUUCGGGCAUACAGUAUUUCGGCCUUACUGUCCCACAAACAGCUGGAAGCAAACUUGGGCCGCACUAUGUUUGCUUAUACUAUUUUCUGACUUUGUUUUAAUCUGCAUGGAGAACCAGAUGUCCACAUUUUCUCAUGAUCUUCUGCUUCUAAUUUGACAAUUUUAACGGUUUCCUAUGUACUAACUGUCUUAAUGUAUUGGAAGUGAAGUUAAAGGCGUCUGUAACAUUUCAACCACUUUAAAGUAAGAAGUAAUGCCACCAUGUCAUACCACUCAGUGUUUUAUUCAUCCAGGUAACCAGAAAUACAGUAUAGCACAUAAACAGGCUUCAGUCAUCUGUGAAUUAGCAAAUUCUGCAAAUGAAGAUCUAAAUCUAAAAAGCCAGAAAUGGAGAGAUCCAGAGGGCAAACGAGGAGGAAAUUGGAAUUAAAUCGAUACAUAUGGAAACAUAAAAGGAAUCCUGGGAUGAAAAGGCAAAAGCUAUUCAACACACAGGAAUAGGAAAAAAAGAGAACAUUUCAGUUUUUUGGGGGAAAAUAAAUAAAAAGUUUCAAACAUUUAAAAAGGUUCCUGACAUCUGUUUCUCCUAGCAGUUUAAAACUAAACGUGAUUCUUGAAUCCUCUCUGCCCCACGUCUGCUGCCCGUCUGCUUUUGUUCUGUGCCAAUGCAAAAAACUAUCAUAUGUAUUUUAUUUUUUAUUGAUGCAAUAUUUACUUGCCCUGGAAACUGGAGUGAGGGGCGGGGCCGAGACGGGAGGUGUGUGUGUUUUUAAUACCUGUCAAAAAAGUGCUAGAAUUGAUUUUCAGGACCUUUUUGAAUAUUAGCAACAACAGUGUUAGUCUUUUUUUGCUGUAAAUUCCUGUAGAAAAUAAAAACUCCUAGGCAAUAAUAACCUC